UCAAAAACAAUUCCCCUACACAAGAACACUGCUACACUGAAAAAUCUCUGAAGUAGAAAUAGUUACCCAAAAAUGUCCGCUGAAGUGGAGGAGCUGCUGAAGCGAUUCCAGUCCUUCAAGAACGUGGUGGGGAUCAUGGUGGUAGACAACGACGGGAUCCCCAUCAAGACGACCUUGGAGUACAACCUGACCCUCCACUACGCGGCCCUGAUGCAAUCGCUGAGGGAGAAGGCGCGCCAGGCGGUCCUCGAUCUGGACGCCACGAACGAGUUCACCUUCCUGCGGCUGCGGACGCUCAAGCACGAGGUGAUGCUGUGUCCGCAGGAGGAGUACUUCAUCAUGGUGCUCCAGAACCCCUCCGACUAGGAUUCGAUUCGAGGAGCGCGCAUCCUGCGUCCUGCGUCCUGUGGAUUUGGUUAAUCCGAAGCCGGAAAGCCCAUUUCAUUUGCCUGCAUUUGGCAGGCAAAGUGUUCGGCAAACGAAAUGUUAUUAACAUAUUCGCCAUAGUCUCGGUUUCGCCAUCCAGCAAUCCAUCAUUAAUAGCAUUCAGCUGCAAAUUAUUUGCAUUGGGAAUCGCAAUUGAAUUGGAAUGCCAUUUGCGUGCAGAGCAGUCUUAUUCAAUAUGCGUCCUUCGGCCCCGAAUGCAUAUAUGCAUCCUUUCCCUCCUCCGGAACCCCGGAACCCGGCCAUCCUGUCCGGGCAAACUCAUUUACAAUAAAUGAAGACUGACUGAGGCAACCACGAAA